UAUAGUUGUCCUUCAAACUCAAAGGUUUGGUCACAUUUGCUUCCUCCAAUAUUCAUCAAAGAUCACUGUUUUCCAUCUAAAUAUAUAAUGGCAACGUCUAUAUUCUUCAAUAUGCCACCCUUUGCUUCAACAUGGAAUAAAUCCAAGGUUUCCUUGCAACGAGUCAACAUAACUUCAAAUGCGAUCCAAAAGACAGUUAGGUUUAGUGUUAUUAACUGUAGUUUGAAGAUCAAUCACGCUCAACCAGCCCUUAAUGAUGAGAUUCGAGUACCCUCAGUGAUAAAAGAAAUGGAAAAUGAGGAGAUCACUUCACCAUCCGUGGCAGGAAGACUGGUAAAAGGUGGACCGGUUUUCCAGCAGAAUGUUAGUGUAAGAUCAUUCGAGAUCGACUCUGAAUAUAAAAUGUCAACAAAGGCUAUAAUGAAUUAUUUACAGGAAGCAUCGCUGAACUAUGCCAAGAAAUUAGGUCUGACAAUCGAUACACGUUUCGGUAUAACACCGGGAAUGCGUAAAAUGGACUUGGUAUGGGUCUUUCGAGGCAUGCAUAUCGAGGUGGAUCGAUAUCCUUGUUGGGGAGAGGUUGUUCAGAUACUCCACUGGACUUGUGCAUCCGGAAGGACCGGUGUACGUUUUGAUUGGACUAUCAAUGACAUCAACACAGGCGAAACUCUAGUUCGAGCUUCAUGCUUAGCUGUGAUGAUGAAUAAGAACACAAGAAAGACAUGCAAGUUACCGGAGGAAGUGAAAGACGAGAUAAAAGCUUAUCUUAGGGAGGAUGUUGAGCCCAUUGUCGAAGCGUUCAAAUAUUCAUGUCCCCAAACUGAGGCAAUGGAUCACAUCAAAACUGGAUUGACGCCUGGAUGGAAUGAUUUAGAUGUCAAUUACCAUGUGAACAAUGCCAAGUACCUUGAUUGGAUUUUGGAGAGCACUCCAGACUCAAUUAGGGAUAGGCAUGAACUUUGGAAAAUGAAUUUUGAGUACCGGAAAGAGUGCUUGAAAGAUGAUGUGAUCCAAUCAUUAUCGAGAGUGGUACCGAGCAAUGAAAAGAAUAGAGAGAUUGAAGUGGAGCAUGUCCUUCGUCUGGAGAGUGGACACCAAGUUUUAAGGGCCAGGACUGUUUGGCGGACUAAUUCCCACUCCUGCAGGGGCAUCAACAGCAUGAAAAUCAUAUUCUAGCUUUAUCAUACUUUUUAUCUUUUGUUUUUGUAAUACCCCGAAAAUUACUACAGUAAGAAAAUAAGAUAAUAUCCUUGAUAUAGUAAAAUAAGGAAAUAAAGUGAUAAAAAGGAUAAUAUUGAGUUAUGUCAAUAUUGGGAAGUAUAUUAUGACA